AUGACAGCUCCUCGGAUCUCUGCAGGCCCGUCUGCGCAGCCGCUGCUGCAGCUGCUCCUGCUGCUGCUGCUGCUGGCUGCAGGAUGCACCCAUGGAUACAAACCUGUCGUCAUCGUUCACGGGAUUCUGGACGGACCCAAACAGUUUGAAGUUCUGUCUUCAUUCAUUACAAAGGUGCAUCCAGGUACCCAGGUGUUUGUGAUCAGUUUGUACAACAACCUGAAGAGUCUGCAGCCGUUGUCGAUCCAGGUCCGAGACUUCAGGAAGGCCCUGGAGGACUUCAUGCUCCGGUCCCCCGGGGGCAUCCAUCUCCUCUGCUUCUCACAAGGUGGCGUGGUCUGUCGAGCGCUUCUCUCCGUGGCUCCUAACCACAACGUGGACACGUUUAUCGCCCUGUCGGCGCCGCUGGCUGGACAGUAUGGAGACACAAACUACAUGAAAUACCUGUUACCUGACAUAACGAAGGACAUCGUGUAUUUGUUCUGCUACAGCAAAAUUGGACAGAACUGCUCUAUUUGCAACUACUGGAAUGACCCUCACCAUAGAUCCAGCUACCUGAGGAAGAACACCUUUCUGCCUCUGCUGAACGGUGAGAGACCUCACCCACACCUGCAAGAAUGGAGGGAAAGUUUCCUGCGCAUCAAGAAGAUGGUGCUGAUUGGAGGACCGGAUGAUGGCGUCAUCACACCGUGGCAGUCCAGCCACUUUGGUUUCUAUGACGACAACGAAGAUGUUGUAGAAAUGAGGAACCAGGAGUUUUACAGGAACGACACGUUCGGCCUGAAGACGCUGGACGCUCGCGGUGACAUGUCGGUGUGCGUUCAGUCCGGAGUGAAACACACAAAGUGGCACGGAAACUUCACCGUGUUUCAGAGCUGCAUAGAGAAGUGGCUCACCUGA